AUGGGCAGCCUGGGUGUUUGGGCUGUGGCUGUGGCCGCUCUGCUGGGGACCUCAGGGUGCUGGCUGGCUGAAGGGCACAAGAGUAGCAGGCGAAGCAGCGUGGAUACAGCCAGCAUUUCACAUACCUCUUUGCAGGAACCAUACUCCAGGGAGAAGGGGAAAGCAGACGGGAACAUCGAUCAAUCCCUGUCUGACCCAGAAGGGGGUCCCUGUCGGAGGACCUACUGUGGGCGGGGUCGACAGUGUGUGCUGAUGGCAGAAACUGGCCGUGCUGAGUGUGUUUGCCAGGAAAAAUGUCGGCCCUCCUUUGUGCCAGUGUGUGGCUCUGAUGGCAGGUUCUAUGAGAACCACUGUGAGGUUUACCGCACCGCCUGCCUGGAGAGGAGACGGAUCUAUGUGGUGCACAGCAAGGACUGCUUCUUCAAAGGCAAUGCCUGCACCAUGUCCGAGUACAACAGGCUGAAGAGCAUGCUGCUGGAUAUGCAGCCUAAAGUUCUGAAGAGUGGAGAGCAGAGCCAGCAGAGGGAUAUGGAGGAGAAGAGAGCACUGGUGGACACCAUGUUCAAAUACCUGGAUGUGGACCAGGAUGGCCGGCUGGUCAGUGAUGAGCUGGAGAAGAUCUCUAUGAAGGAGCACCUGGAGGACAGCCUGCUCGAAUGCACCAUGCAGGACCUGCUGCGUUACGACGACUACAACAAUGAUGGACACCUCAGCCUACACGAGUUCUACACAGCUUUCCAGGUUGUGCAGCUGAGCCUGGCGGAGGACCAGCGGAUCAGCGUCUCCACGGUAACGGUGGGUCUCAGCGCCGUCCUUACCUGUGCUAUCCAAGGGACGCUGCGCCCACCAAUCAUCUGGAAGAGGAAUGGCAUCAUACUGAACUUCUUGGACCUGGAGGACAUCAAUGACUUUGGGGACGAUGGCUCCCUGUACAUCACCAAGGUGACGACCAUCCACAUGGGGAACUACAGUUGCCAUGCCUACGGCUAUGAAGACCUGCAUCAGACACAUGUGCUGCAGGUGAAUGUCCCUCCAGUGAUCCUGGUCUAUCCAGAAACGCAGGCUCAGGAGCCCGGUGUAUCUGCCAGCCUCCACUGCCACGCCGACGGCAUCCCAAAUCCCAAGCUCCUCUGGCUGAAGAACGGCAUGGACCUGCAGCCCAGAUCGUCCAAACAGCUCUCUCUCAUAGCAAACGGUAGCGAGCUCUUUAUUGGCAGCGUUCGGUACGAGGACACCGGAGCCUAUACCUGCAUCGCCAAGAACGAGGUGGGAGUGGACGAGGAUAUCUCCUCGCUGUUUGUUGAAGACUCAGCCAAGAAGACUCUUGCAAACAUUCUGUGGCGAGAAGAAGGGUUGAGCGUGGGGAACAUGUUCUAUGUAUUCUCCGACGAGGGCAUCACCGUUCUGCAGCCCAGCGAAUGUGAGAUACGCAGACACAUGAAGCGGACAGACAGGAUUGUUGCAACUUAUGAGGAGAUGUGCCCUAAAGGUGAGGGGGUGUCACCUCAGCACUGCGUGUGGUCCUCAGCAGUCAACAUCAGGGAUAAGUACAUCUACGUGACCCAGCCCCUCCUGAGCCGACUGCUGGUUGUCGAUAUUCAAGCACAGAAGGUGGUGCAGGCAGUAGCAACAGAUCCUUUUCCAGUGAAGAUGCUCUAUGACAAGUCUCAUGACCAGGUGUGGGUCCUUACAUGGGGGAAUAUGGACAGAACACAUCCAACACUUCAGGUAAUUCCACAAGCCAGUGUGGGAGAAGUGCAUCAUGCCAUCCGCACAACUUUCCAGAGGGUCAACGACUUCUUCAUUCCUCCAACCAACCUCAUCAUCACUCACGUGAGGUUUGCCUUUGUCUUCCUCAAAAAUGAACCUGCGGUACACAAGAUCGACCUGGAGACCUUCCACCGCGUCAAGACCAUCAGCCUGAAGAACUACAGCUGCAUACCAGUCAGCAUGGCCUACACACACCUCAGCGGCUUCUACUUUGUCCAGUGCCAGAGCAAGAGCCACCUGCAAGCCCCGCCCCAGCUCCUCAUCGACAGCGUGACGGACACAGUGAUUGGUCCAAACCUAAACGUCACAGGGCAGCCUUUCGUGUCACCGGACGGCCGCUACGUUGUGACACCUGACCCGCAGAGCUCAAAGCUGAUAGUACAGACGGUGUCGUUCCAGGGGGAGCUGGGUCUGAACCAGGAACUGGAUGAGCCCGUAGCUGUCUCUGAUCUGGCUUUCCAGCCUUCCUUCACGGAGUCCAACCAGCACGUGGUCGUGGCCACCUCAGGCUCAGGCACGGACCUGCUAUUUGCCGAUCUGUCCUCAGGCCGCACUGAGGUUCUCCGGAGCCUCAAGGAGCCCCUGCCCCCCCAAGCCUGGCCCUGGGGAGGCCCCAACAGAGUGGUGGUCUCCAGCGGGUUGUUCGGACAGUACCUGGUGACGCCGUCGGCCGAGUCCCUCUUUGUCCUGAACGGCAAACAGAGAACGCCGCACUGCGAGGUGUCAGACAUCAAGAGCGGGAACACAGUCGUCUGGGUCGGCGAGGUAUGAGUAAAAAAGAAAAAAAGAAAAAAACAAAGCAGGAGACAUAAGGUGAGGGAGAGACGUGAAUGGAAAAAAGGAAAGAUCAGGCCAAAUUACCUAUAAUAAAGAUUUAUGUGAACAUAAGUUGUGGACUCAACCCUGGGACUGAGCGAGACGGAUACACGCCUGGGUUUAUUGUAACAAAAGUACACUUAAAAAUAGAGUAAUUGAGAAAACAUUAAGAAACCCUGUUGUGAUAUUUCUAUUGGGAGAAAGUGUCAAUGCCGUUCAGUGCAACAGUGAUCUAUGUGCACUUAACUAUACAGAAUUGUACAUUAUUGCACUUCCUUCCAUGUUAUCACAGCAAAUAGGUACCUGAAGAGGGGUUAUUAACGAACUACGAACUAUGCACAAUGCUCACUUUUUUUAGAGUAAAAAGCUUUCCGAUUUUGUUUAUCUCAACAAUGUUUGUUGUUUUCACCAGUGCUGCAUAUAAUCACCACAAACUGUCCGUCUGUCCUGUCUGCCUUUAGUGUAUGUGUGUUCUGAGUCCUUUUAAACGCUACCAGCCCAUCUGUUUACUCGCCUUUGUCAUGGUAUUGUACUGAAUCCUCCCUCUGAGAGCUUUCAUUCCCCUCAUGCCGGCAGAGGUUGGCUUUAUGCACAUGUGUAAUACCCUCUAUUUACAUUGUCUAUCCAAAGAGCCCGAUCGGUCCAUUAAACGUCGACAAUGGAUGUUUUGCUCGCGGAGGGAGCCUAACCAGAAAUGAGCAGCACAUCUUGUGGUCUCUUGCAAUGGUAUAAUCUGUCCCCUGCUGUCUCUCACAUUUAUUCUGUACCUGCAGCACAACUCUGUGCUGUGGAGCCUGAAAAUGCCACUUAGCAGCUUCCCUCAGGGUAAUGACUCCGGUUUACGCUGACCCACAUGCUGAGGCCGUGCCAAAAGUGGCAUCAACUCCUCUAUCUGACUGGCUGUGAGCAUUUGUACUUCCUCCCAGAGAGCCGUGCAUCAAGAUCACACUCCAAGGCAGGUAGACUGCACUCGCCAGGUGGUAAUUAUUCAGCUGUAACAAAGAAAAUAUCUUUUUAUUACUGUCUAUCAACCACAUAUGCGCAGGACGAAAAUAUGCUGUAUCUCAAAACUUAGCAGCCAGGUUCAAAAGUAAGGAUCCGUUUUUAUAUAGCAAUACGAAUUUUUUUAAACAUUUCUGUUUCCAGGAAUACCUUAUGGAUUGUUAAAUUACUAAAUUGACAAUAAUUGUACAUGUUUCCUUAUUAAUAUUAUUAUUAUUAAAAAUGUGUGUACCUACUUUUGAAAAGCCCGGCACCAUCUGUCUUGAGGCAGCUACCGAAUAAACACCAGCAACUCUUCACCUAUCCUCUGUGUAAUUUGCUUUUGCCAUUCGCUCUAAUUAUAAUGAUGAUGAUGCAUUAGCGGCAAAAGAGCACCGCUUUCUCUACAUUUGUAAUAAUGUCAUUAGAAAUCAUUGGAACCAUUGUGUCUCUUAUACAUUCCUGCCUCUUGACAGUAGUGCUGAGGUGUGUCGCUCUGACAACACACUCGAUGGCUCUUAGAUGUGUGCGGGCUUAAAUGGGUUCCAGUUUUGGUGCAAUGGCGUUUUCUUUCUUUUCCUCUUUAUGCUGCAUAGCCUUUCUUUGCGCCUCCCAGCCUCAAGCUACAGCUUAAAAAUGAAUGCUCUCUAAUAUUCAGCUGUCAUAGAUGUUUUUGUUGUUCUAAACUAAAUCAGGAGCUAUUGUUUAAUAUUCUGAUUCAUGUAGUGGCCCAAAUAUUCUCCUUUAAUCUACAUUUAAAUUAUUCUAAUUUACACAAACUGCUUGACAAUACCUGGAUGAAAAUUAAUUAAUUGCAGUCUCAGAAUAACUAAUACUUCUUAUUUUUCUAGAAAUCGCUAGAUUCUACAAACAGCCAGCCCAUCUAAAGCUUUUUAAUUGUAGCCGGUAUAAAACAGCUAGAAGCAAAAUGGAGACAUAUUCCAGAGCAAAAACAAAAAUCAACUGAACAGUAGCACUAAAGCUCAUUCCCUGCAUGGGAAAAGGAAAUGCUUUCUGGUGCUGACAUGUGAUUGACAGCUCCCUGGUACAUCCAUUAUGUAAUCACAGCACAAAUACUCACAGCCUUCAGGAUUUAGCAGUUGCUGACCUUUUUUUUGGCGUGUCAAACAGAUGAAACUCAUGUUUAUCUCUGGCAGCCACCCACAGGCCAAGAUGUCAAAGUCCAACUGUACAGAAAGUCUAUAAGAGAGGUGUCCCACUGUAAACGCAGCUGAAGUCUUGUGACUGGAAUAUAUCUGCUCUUUUGUUUUGUUUUUCCCCAGAAACAAACAGCAGCCCAAAUUAAAUAUUAAUCAUCUUCUCCUAAUACGUAGUUGUGCCUGUAACUCCCCAGUGCGAUGCAAUGUGUAGGGUAGAAACCAAGCUGUGUAAGAAAAGAAAAAAGUAAACACACGAGUGAAGCAGACUUGUUGUUCUUGUUUGUGAUUUAGGUAUUUGCUGCUAAUCUGCCAUGAAAAUCCAUUCUGGUAUGAAAGCCUGUUUGAUGAAGGCAAUGACUUAUUGAUGAUACUGUUUCUUAGACCACUGUUGCACUGAGGAGAGAAAUAUAAUACCUGACAUAUUUAUGUUUAUUGGAUGGACAUUUGUCUAAUUGGUAGCCCAGUUUUCUCACUGUGUCAAUGGAUAAAAAAAAAAAAGUAUUACUGUUGAAGUAUUCCGGCUCUGAUGCUUCCUAAAGUCACUGUCCCAUCCAAAGUCACUCCCCAAUGGCUCUAAAUGAGUAAUCUAUCCGAGACAUGCAUGUAAUGAAAAUAGACCUUCGACAUGAUUAUCAUUGACCUCUCAGUGAUCUCUCACAGUCACACACGGUUUACAGUUGCUUGUGAAACAGUCACUUUUCUGCCCUCUCAUUGUCACGUCUGUCAGCUUAUCUCUUAAGGUCGAUUCAGCAGUGCGACAUCGCUACUAGAGCCAAGGAGAGCAAGAACAAAGAGACUGCACCUGCGCUUGCUGAUAUAAGUACAUUAUUGGCUAGCUCAUGUUGUUUUGUUUGGAUCUACCUUCAGUGUCACAUGACUAUCUCCGUACCUCUCCUUUAACCCUCAAAGUAAGGGGCUGCAGAGCUGAACCGCUUGGUGUGAUAGACAUUGAUAGCAACCACUGUUGUAGAUAACAUUGUUCAUGUUUAGAACACGUUCAGACAUGACAAAAACUGACUGUACAGUUUUCUUUAUGCAUUUUGUGUGUUCUGGUUUA